GGUCUGUGGUUUUGGGAACUCAGGGAACUUAUUCUAUUUAUUUAUUUUGUGAAUAUGUCGUGAUCGUGAUAUACUAGUGAUUUCUGUGUAUUCAUUCCGUAGAAUUGCAAUGGGCAGUGGAAUAGAUUAUUCAAUUGCCAAUCUAUUAGACGGUGAAUAAAUAAAUAAAUAAAAAAUGAUAUAAAAACGAAAAUGUGUAGUUCGUGGUAUUAAACAAGUGUUUAUGAAGAAAUUAAUUAAAACGUUCUGUGCUUUCUCUCAAUACAUUUAAAAGGAGUGCCUUCUGUAUUAAUAUCAUUACAAUAGUGCUCGUUACACCCUCGCCUUGACCCGUUGAAGGGACCUCGGAGGUUCAGCCAUGGAAUUCGACCAAGAAACGUCUAAGAAAAAAGUAGACAAAAGUGACUCGCCCACAGAAGGUAAAAAGUCAGAUAGGAAGAGCGACGGGGAAGAUCCGAAGCCCCGCAUAGUUUUAACAUUUCGCUCUGAAAAACCUGGAGCUAAGAGCAGCAACAUGAAAAUAGUUCAUACUGAAGAGAAGCACGAAGAGAUAUCGCCCCGCCGUUCGAACAGGACUCGCGCUGCUAAAUGGGACUCUGAUGAUGAUAAUGAACUAUUGAUAUCACCUAAAAAGGAGAAAACUCAACAACUGUCAGAGAAUGAUGAUGCUUCUGAUAGCUCACAUACAACUGUGAAACGAUCCACGCGUCGCCAAAGUAAAGAGUUUGAUAAUGUCAUUGCCAAUGCUAUAGCUAGAAAAGAGAAGUCUUACAAUGAGCCACCAGCUCCAACGAGGCCUUCACGUCGUAUCAAGCCUACAGCAAAAGCCCUGGCUAAUGAGGAGAUGAGGAUAGGUCUGGAGUCACAGAACAAUGCUCGUUUAGGAGUGCAGACUGAGAAACAAGAAGAAGGAGUGAGAACUAGACGGUCUGCUCGUGCUAGCCGUUACCCUGUUCAGGAAGAAACACCUCCACAAGUUGGUAAAAAAGGGAGUAAGGCCAAGGAGAUGUCAGGAGAUGAGGAUGAAGGGGAAAACCAGAACCAAGUGAUGAAGCUGAAACACUUGUGUGAACUAGGAUUGAAAGCUAUCAACCCUGAUGCUGAAGAUUCAAAAGAUGAAGAUGGUGAAGCUGAAGGAGAAGAAUCAGAGGCGAUUGAAAUUGACGAUGAAGCUGAAGAUGAAGAGAUUGACGAUGACACAGAAGUGAUUAGCAAGUUGUUGGAGGCUGACGGGGAGUCCAGUGACAGUGACGGGUGUGAUGAAGACUUUAUAUGUGAGGGAGGCCGUCAGGGCCGGCCACGACGCUCCACAAGGUUACGUUCUUAUAGUGUUAAUGAUAGCGACACCUCCCCGACAAUGAGUGAUGACGUGGGCGCUCCGCGACGAUCGUCCAGAAAACGAAGACCUUACUCAGUCUAUUCGGAAAUACUUGAGAGUUCGAGACCCCAGCAUAAGAUAAAGAAGACCCGUUCGACUGUCGUUCAAGAGGAGAACAAUACGCCGUCGGAAGAUGACGUGGGGGAGGAGAUUGAGGAGCCGGCGGGUGGGGAGGAGGGCUCUGAGGCGGCGUGUCCCCCGGAGGAGUCCGCCAUCAUCGGCACCUGCUUUUGCGAGGCGCCCAGCAAGGUGUACGCCGCGCCCACAGAGCUUGUUGAGCCGGUGUUCUGCCAAGCCAUCGAGCUGGUGGACGGUGUGAGGGUAGGCUGUUCUCAUGGCGCGGCCAAGCAGCCUGACGGGUCGUACGCGGCGCUCAUACGCGCUGGGCCCCGCGCACCCUUCCUGUUGGCCUGCACGCUGCAUACCAAGCAGCUGCGCAAGCACAUGUGUUGUUGCACCUGCGGACUGUUCUGUACACAAGGCAUAUUCUACCAGUGCUCGUCUGGGCACCUGUUCCACGUGGAGUGCGGCGUGCCCUGCAGCGAGGGGGCCGGGGCCGGGGCCCGCGGCUGCCCGCACUGCGGCGUGCGCUCGUACGGCUGGCAGCCCGCCAACACCGCCUGCAGCCGCGUGCGCCUGCGCAUGCACUGCAGCAACAAGAGGAUCUUCCUGCCCGACCAGAGGGAGCAGUGCACUCAAGCUUACCUGAGCUUCUCGACCCUGGACCCGUCCAAACUGGACCAAGGCCCGAUCAUCCCGGCUGACCUGCUGCCCUCUCUGCCCGACCUGAAGAUCCUCUGCGAGAAGCCCGACAUAGAAGAUGACCCCGUCGACGCCGCGCAGGCCCUCUACGAUGCUAUAGUUGCCAAGGCGCCUAUUGAACAAUUAGUGCCUAAGAUCUUGUCGUGCGCGAGCCUCAACACGGCGCUGGCGGGCGGCACGUGCGCGCUGGCGGCGGCCCGCGGCGGGCGCGCGGCCGCGCUGCACGUGCUGCGGGCGGCCGGCGCCGACCUGGACGCGCCCGCCGCCGGCAGGACGCCGCUCAUGGCCGCCGUGCUCGCAUUACUAGACAAAUCGGAAACGAAAAGUGUCAACAAAUCGAAAUGCAAUGGCGAAAAAGAGACAGAGGAUAUGGAAGAAGACGAGAGUAAAGAAGACGCCACUGUUGACAAAGACGCCACAGUCGAUAGAGAAGACAGGACUGGGAAGGAAGACGGAGUAGAAAAGGACGACAACAAGGAGGGAGAUGAGAGCGAGCAGGACAGAGCUAGUGACGAGGAUUUGUUGAAAGUUAUUAGAUACCUGGUGGCUGCUGGCUGUGACGUCAAUAUUCCUGGGCCAGACGGUAUGACAGCUCUGCAUAUGGCGGCGCAGCAUGGUGGCGCGGCCGUGUGUGGUAUACUGCUGAGUAGUGGCUCAGCGCAGGUGGACCCGCGGGACCAGGGCGGGUGGACCCCUCUCGUGUGGGCCGCGGAGAACUCGCACCACGACACCGUCAGGUUGCUGCUGGCCAACGGCGCGGACGCGGCGGCGUGCGACAGCGAGGGCAACAGCGUGCUGCACUGGUGCGCGCUGGCCGGCGCCGCGCGCUCGCUGCAGCUGCUGCUGGACGCCGCGCCCGCCGCGCUGCACGCGCUCAACGCGCACACCGACACGCCGCUGCACGUGGCCGCUCGGCAGGGCCACUACGCGUGCGUCGUUAUUCUACUGGCGAGAGGAGCUAAGACGGACGUAGAGAACUCAGCGGGGGAGUUGCCAGUGGACGUGUGCUCCGGCCAGUGCCGCGCCACCGUGUCGCUGCACAUGCAGAUGACGGCCGCGCUCGGGGACAAAGUGUCACAUAAGCUGCUCUCUAGUGACAUAUCAAAAGGCCGCGAGGCCUACCCGAUACCGUGCAUCAACGAGGUGGACGACGCCCCUCUACCGGAUAACUUCACAUAUGUCACGAGACACGUGCUGCCGGAACAUAUACAAGUCGACCAUACCAUACAGAGCCUGCAGGGCUGUUCAUGCGACGAUGAGGAGUGCGGGCUCUCAUCCUGUUCGUGCAGCGUGCUGAGUGUUAAGAAGUGGUGGGCCCGCGGCCGGCUGAUCCAGAGCUUCCCCUACCACGACCCGCCCAUGCUGUUCGAGUGCAACCAGACAUGCAGCUGCCAUGCAAAAAAAUGCUCAAACAGCGUGAUAACCCGCCUCACUGCGCAAGGCUCGGUGUUCACCCGGGCGGUGGUGUUCCGUGUGGGCGGCGCGCGCGGCUGGGGCGUGCGCGCGGCGGGCGGCGUGGCGCGCGGGGCGCCCGUGGCCGCCUACGUGGGGGAGCUGCUGGCCGUCGGCGCCGCCGACACGAGGCCCGCCGACCAGUACAUGUUCGCGCUCGACGUCAAGCCCGACUUGCUCGAGCAAUGCUCGGACAAGACCCAAUUGUGCGUGGACGCGGCGAUGUACGGCGGCGCGGCGCGGUUUAUGAACCAUAGCUGCCGGCCCAACCUGGCGCCCGUGCGCGUGUUCACACACACUAGGGACCUGCGCCUGCCCAUCGUCACGCUGUUCGCGGCUAGAGACAUCGCGGCCGGCGAGGAACUCACGUUUGACUACGGAGACAAGUUCUGGUCUGUGAAAUCGAAGUGGAUGCGGUGUGAGUGUGGGACGCUAGACUGCCGGUAUCCCGCCAAAACGGACGAGACUGAAGCGUCAUAAUGUGAUACAUAACAUUUUAUCCUUCAUUUUAAUUAAUUAUAAUCAAUCAUUUACUAUUUAAUCAUACGCCAUUUUAAUAUUAUGUAUCUAUUGUAAAAUAAUAAUGACAAGUGAAAUGUAAUUCGUAAUCUCUACAAUAUACCUAUUAAAAUUUUAUGACAAUUG